UAAAUACUUUAAUAUUAAUAAAAUAAUAAAAACCAAAAAUUUAGAAAAUCAAAUCUUGAUCGACAAUCGAUUCGACGUAUCUUUAAAGUUAUUGUUACCAUAUUGAAUUAAUAAUGAUGUUUUCAUCGUGUAAAAAUUAAAAAAAAAACCCUUACGUCAUGUUGAAGUCGGCUUAAUCUCAAUUGUCAUUCCAAAUGAGUGUAAUUUAAAAUAAUAUUUAACUUGAACGCAAUAAAAGCUUACGAUACUGAUUUUACUAAUACUGAAUUUACUAUGAAUAAAAAUGAAAAACUUCUUGCUGCUAGACAAAAGCUUAGAGAGUUCCAGCUCAAUAAACAAUAUCAAGAAGGUUUCCAUACCCAUCAAACUGAAAAUGUCAAUGACGGGAACUCACAGGAAUUCGAGAUAAACAUCAAUAAUCACACUCGAUUGAUUCAAAAUCAUAAACAAUUACUCGAUAGCCGUAGAGCUAGUUUAAAUUUUUUUGAAAUCGUAGAAGAUAGUGUCAAGCGAAAUUCAGUAGAUUUUUCUGAUGUCAACGAAAAUUCUAAAAUAUCUAAUACCGCAAUCAGUAUGUCCAAGUCAUCACCGUCAAUCGAUCGCAUCAGUCAUGAUAAUGAAUGUUUACUUUCAUUACCCCUAGAUAAUAUUGUCUUAUCCGACGAUAAAGCUGUUUCUGGCACUAACAUAUCUCAAAAUUUUCUUUCAUCAUCUAAUCAGCCUGAUCUUUCAUCGAAACAUAUUUUUGAUAUUUUACUUGAUAAUAAAAUUACUACAAACUCACUUGAAAUAAAUUGUGACUCUGAACAAGGAAAUCAAGUAUCGUCAGAAGAUGUACCGAUAUUAAAUGAACUAAAUUUUCAACUCAAUCAAUCCCAAAGUAAAAUAUCUAAUUUAGAAAAUUUAGCUUUUACACAAAGCAACAAAUUAAAUCAAAAAUGUAUUGAAGAAAUUAAACAUCUAAAAAAACAAGUCCAAAUGUAUUCGCAAACUACAAAUAUUCUCAUUACAGAGAAGGCGGAUCUUAAUAAAUUAGUUUCUCACUAUCAAAUAUUAAUAGAAAACAAAAAUCAAAUUAUUAAAGAAUUAAAUCGAGAAUUCAAUUCAAGUGAGCAUCGUUGCAACGAAUUACAAAACAACUUAUUACAAAUGCAACAACUUGUUUCUGAAAUAGAAGAGUCACAUAAACUUUUGCAAUAUAAUCAUAAAAAUCUUGAUAAUAAAUUUAAUGAUUUAGAACAGUGUAAUAAAGAGCAAAAGCUAGAAAUUACGGAAUUACAACAAAAUUUGAAUUUAAAAAAUAUUGACCUGGAAAGACUCUCUCAAGAAGUUCAAGAGAAUAACAAAAUAUUGGUAUUAGCAGAGCUUAAACUUCAACAAUUAACAAAUAAAUCGCAACACUCAAAUUUACUCGAAGAUCAAAAUCAAAUUCAUACAAUGGUUGAAGAAGAAUCAUCAAAGUUACAUGAACACCUGAAAACCUUCAAUGCAGAAAAAUUAGAAAUCUUUAAUCACUACGAGAACUAUGUUAAACAAUUACUUAAUAAAUGUGAGAUUAUGAGUAAAGAUUUACUAAAGUCACGGACCAUAAUUGAAAAUUUAAAAGAACGUGAAGAGAAUUUAAAAAAACUAUGUCAUCAAGGAACACAGGAAGUCGAAUCAUUUCUUUCUCAAGAAACAAAUAAGAUUCAUGAUGAAUAUUUCAAUGAGAAAAUGAAUUCUUUCUUGCAAACCCAGGAAUGUCUUACAAACACUUUAAGUGAAAAAGAAAUAGAGAUAGAACUACUGAAAAAAGAGAUAACAGAACUACAAGAACUAAAAAAUCAAAAUAUUGAAAUUUCAAAAUUAGCGUCAGCAUUAGAAAGCGAACAGUUAGGAGCAUCUAGGGCUAUUUCCCAAAAUCAACAACUUAAAAAGCAAUUGAGUGAAAUGCAAGAUGCAUUUUCCACACUUAGUAAUACGAAAGUGGAUCUGACUCAACAGUUACACUAUGAGUUGAAAGUAAAUGAAGAAUUAAUGUCUCAAUUGAAUUCAUUAAUCUUCAAAAAUGAACAGUUACAAAAUGAGUUAGAUAAAAAGAUAGCUAUAAUAAACACGAUGGAAAUUGAAAAAUCUCAAAUAAAGUUGAACGUUUAUAAAGAAAAUGAUCAAACACAAUCAUGUGAUUUGAUCAAUUCGAGUGAAAAAAGCCAACAUACUUUGGAUUCACAGGAGAUGUGUGAAAUUACGAAUCAGAAGUUGAACUUUGACAAUGAAACAGUUAAUAAUGAUUCACAAAUUCAAAAUGGUGAACUAAUAAAAGAAGAUAAUAACUAUUUGUUAACGACCAAAAAAAUUAACGAAAAUUUUGGAGAAUCUAGAGAAACACAUACUUAUGCGCACGAUUUGAUUACUGAGCCAAGAAAAAAACUAGAAACAAGAUUUAAAGAUCUGAUGGAAAAAGUAGCAGAGUUAACUGAUGAAAAACAACGUUUAGAACACUUAGUUUUACAACUUCAAGGAGAAACUGAAACUAUAGGCGAAUACAUCACUUUAUAUCAUAGGCAACGUUCUACUCUUCAAAGAAAAGCCCAAGAAACCGAAAGAACAUUCCGCCACUUGAUUGAACAGUAUAAUCAACAGCAUGCACAACUUUACCAGUUAAAAGUUCUAUUAACUGAUUUGCUAAAAGCCAAUAAUGCUCCUUUAUCUUCUCAUCAAAAUAACAUGGAAUUCUCAGACCCAUACCAUAAAAAUAAACUUAAUGCUGUCACGGAAAAAUUGGAAGCUAAACAUCUGGAUCAACUAAUGUUAAGUAAAAAAUCAGAGACUACAGAGAAAAUAAUUGAUUUAAUGAAACAUAUCACAGACUGUCAGGAUCCAUGUACUUUAGAGCAAAACUUUCAUCCUUGUCUAUGGUGCUCAGGAAAACUAAUUACUGUUUAACUAGUAGAUAUAUCAUAAAAUAUUAAUUAAUUUUAAAGUAUAAUAUGUGGAUUAUUGUGCAUAAUAAAGAUUAUUUUUUGUUAUUAUUUAAA